AUGACUAAUGCUGGUCAAGUACGUUCGUCGAAUACACAGAUCGGUGCAACCAAUUGCCAGCCAUUUAUUUUGGUAGAUAAAGAAAAUCCUGCAUCGACGAUAACACAAGAUGAAUUGGCAAUUCGUAAACCAUUACAUAAAUAUGGAAUUGCCGAUGACCAUGUAACAACAAGAGACUUGCUAUCUGCCUUUGAAGAUGCAAAUAUAUCGAGAAACGAUGAUAGGCAAAACUUCGAUAUGGGGACAUCCUCUGAUCCACAACAUGGUCAAUACUGCGAUUUUGGUGAUGCAACAAAUAAAUGCGUCCAUUGUGGGGCUUUGUUUUGGUUUGAAGAAAGGAAAAAGAAUUUGUCAACAAAAGCAUCUCCACUGUUUAUGUUGUGUUGCAACAAUAGGAAGAUCAAGUUGCCGGAGAAUAAGUUGCCACCAAAAGGUAUAUUUGAUCUCUUUUUCGGCAAUGACGAAUUAUCAAAAGAAUUUCUACACAACAUUAGGACCUACAACAACAUGUUCUGCUUCACAUCCAUGGGAGGUAAAAUUGACAAGAGCGUGAACAAGGGAGGAGCACCUCCAAUUUUUCGAUUAAGCGGUCAAAACUAUCACCUAAUGGGCACUCUACUUCCAGAACAAGGCAAAGAACCUCAUUUUGCCCAGUUAUAUAUAUACGACACGACAAAUGAAAAGAUCAACCGUAUCAAUGCUGUGAGGGGUAGUGGUGAGCAAGAUGACAUUCAUGUAGAAAUAGUGAAUGUCAUUCAGAAAGACCUCGAUGAAAAUAAUGUUUUGGUUAAGUCUUUUCGGAUGGCUAUGUCUGAGUUGGAUAUUAAUCCAUGCGCCGAGGUCAAAAUCAAGUUGUUGGGAAAACGAAAUAGAGAUGCGAGGACCUAUAAUCUGCCGCAAGUUUCAGAAGUAGCAGCGUUAAUUGUGGGAGAUCUGGAUACCAGUAUUGGAGAGCGUGAUAUUAUUGUUCAAUCGAAGGGUGGCCACCUACAGAGGAUUAGUGAAUUAAAUCCUUCAUACUUGCCGCUGCAAUACCCUAUUUUGUUUCCAUAUGGCGAAGACGGUUACCGGGAAGACAUUUCAUUCGCUGACGUUUUAGGCAAGCGCUCCUCAGGUGGUAGACAGAGGAUUAGUCCCAGGGAGUUUUUUUGCUACCGCAUACAGUCUAGACUGUCAGCUCCGAGUACCAUAUUAUUUGCAAAGCGGUUGUUCCAACAAUUUGUUGUAGAUGGCUACACAAUGGUUGAGUCUUGGCCUGAGGUGCAACGCUUUUUAAAAGACCAAAGGUUGAAGCCAAAAGAUCGGCCGGACAUAAUUUGCCGGUUAUUCAAGAUUAAUUUGGAUGCUUUGAUAGCUGAUUGUCGAAAGAAUAAAAUAUUUGGCCCUGUGGCUGGAGUCAUAUAUACAAUUGAGUUUCAAAAGCGAGAGAUUCCAGAUGAAAAGAAAGAUGCAGAGUAUUACCAAGCGGUAGAGGAAUUUAUGAUGCAUGGUCCAUGUGGAAAAGCGAGGACCAAUUCUCCAUGUAUGGUAAAUGGGCGAUGCUCUAAACAUUUUCCUAAGAGAUUUGUUGAUAGUUCUACAUUUGAUGACGAUGGUUACCCGGUAUAUAGAAGGAGAGACAAUGGCAGUGUAAUUACAAAGAACGGGAUUGCCUUGGACAACAGGUAUGUGGUACCGUACAAUAGAUAUUUAUUGCUCAAGUACAAGGCUCAUAUAAAUGUCGAGUGGUGCAACCAGUCACGGUCAAUCAAGUACAUGUUCAAGUAUGUUAACAAGGGUCAUGAUCGGGUAACCGCCGAGUUUUACAAAACAGGCAAUGAUGACGAGAAUGGCAAAGCAAUAGAUGAGAUAAAUAUGUACUAUGACUGUAGGUACAUAUCCCCGUGUGAAGCGGUCUGGCGUCUGUUUGGUUUUGAUAUACAACUUCAGGCGCCUUCGGUGGAAAGGUUAAGCUUUCACCUUCCUAAUCAACAGAGUGUGAUAUUUGCAGAUGAUGAUGCUGUUGAGAACAUUGUGAAUAGACCUACGAUAGCACAGAGCAUGUUUUUAGAAUGGUGUUUGCUGAACAAAGUCCGCGGCCCUAAAAGUUAUGAAGAUAUUAGGACUGUAAAUGGGGUGCAAUAUGACUCAUUCCGAGAUGCGUGUUAUGCAAGGGGUUUAGUUGAUGAUGACAACGAAUAUGUUGAUGCAAUAGAUGAAGCCAGUCAUUGGGCGUCAGCAGAUCAAUUGAGGAGAUUGUUUGUGACAUUGCUAAUGAGCAGUUGCAUGGGGAAACCGGAAAUAGUUUGCCAUGCCGUUUGGCAACAUCUAUCAGACGAUGCACAAUUCAACGUUCGUAGACAACUGCAGAUCAAAGAUUUUGUGUUGACCGAUUCGCACAAAAUGAACUUUGCUUUAGUAGAGAUUGAGAAGCUAUUAUCUAAUCAUGGUAAGAGUUUGAAGGACUAUCCUGAGAUGCCAACUGCAAAUUUUGGUGCCUUAAAUGUUAUUGCAAACAGAUUUAUUCAAAAAGAAUUAGCAUACGAUUGUGCCGAACAGGAGAAAGAGAAUCAAGAAUUGGUAAGGCAGUUAACAGACGAACAAAAGACAAUAUACAAGGAAGUGUUAACUGACGUGGAUCGCCAGGAAGGGGGGUUAUUCUUCGUUUAUGGUUAUGGAGGGACAGAUUCCACAUGCAACAUACGUAACGACAGUGAACUGGCGGAACUUCUUGUGCAAACAAAGUUGAUAAUAUGGGACGAAGCCCCCAUGAUGCAUAAAUUCUGCUUUGAAGCCCUGGAUCGAACUAUGCGGGAUUUGAUGCGCUUCAUAAAUCCAAUGAGUUCUAAUAUGACAUUCGGUGGGGGAGUCAGAGAUUACUGUUCAGAAGAUUUGUUGUUGAAGUGCGAAGAUGACCCUAUUGCUACAAUUGUUGAUAGCACUUUCCCCAAUUUCCGACUGGGAAUUGCCGAUUUGUCAUAUCUUAAUCAUAGUGCAAUUUUAGCUCCAACAUUGGAUGUGGUAGAUGCCGUUAACCAAUACAUGAAUGAUCAUAAUCCUUAUGAGGGUAUGACAUACUUGAGUUGUGAUUCUGUGUGUAAGUCAGAUGCCAAUGUUGACAUGUUAGCGGAUUUGCACACUCCCGAAUUCUUGAAUGCCUUGAGAUGUUCUGGAGUACCAAAUCAUGCAUUGACAUUGAAAGUUGGAUCACCUGUUAUGCUAUUGCGAAAUAUUGAUCACACAUUAGGAUUAUGCAACGGUACAAGGUUGAUUGUUACAAGGGAGUGGACACCAGGCCCAAUGCACCACUCCAAAUCAAAUCCUGGAUGUGGUUUUCCCGCCACUAAAGCCACAGGAAUUGUUGCACAGAAAGAAGCAGCCUGGACUCUGGAGAGGUUUUGGAUCUGA